AUGGUAUUUCUUGUGGUUUUUCCUUGGAUGGCUGCAUUUGCGUGGAACUUUUCCCAAGAUUUUGACAUCACAUGGGGAAGUGACCGAGUUAGGAUACUGGACAAAGGGGAGCAGAUCACUCUCUCCCUUGAUAAAGACUCCGGUUCAGCUUUUCAAUCCAAGAAUGAGUAUCUAUUUAGCAAUAUUUCCGUGCAACUUAAACUUGUCCCUGGCAACUCCGCCGGCACUGUGACAUCCUACUAUUUAACCUCAAAAGAAUCAACAUGGGAUGAAAUAGACUUCGAAUUCUUGGGGAAUUUGAGUGGUGAUCCUUACACUGUUCACACCAAUGUAAUUACUGGAGGUAAAGGAGACAGAGAACAACAAUUCCACCUCUGGUAUGACCCAACAGCAGAUUUCCACACCUAUUCCAUCCUCUGGAAUCCCCAUGUCAUUAUGUAA